GGGUGUUCCGUGUCGUUUUUCUCGUUUUGUGGGCGAAUUCGAUGUAAACGCCGCCAUUUUAAACUGGAUUUUUUAAUUGUCAAAUGCUCUUGUUCUUCAUGCGAUCUGUAUGAUGAUUUUAGUUUAAUGUUAAAUAAAAUAAACAGGGUUGUCAAGAAACUGAUACGAAUCUUUUAGUUGUAUACUUUUUAAUAAUUGUUUAUAGCAUAAUAUAAUGAGUUUUUUCGGAUUCGGCCAGUCCGCGGAGAUAGAUGUGUAUUUAGAUGGACAGGAAACAAGAAAGGCCGCCGAUGUCAAGACGGAAGAUGGCAAAAAAGAAAGGCUACUCUUGUAUUAUGAUGGUGAAACAGUGUCUGGCAAGGUACCGUGCGGAUUUUUAUUGGCUUUAAUUCAAUAAAUUGACCAUUUACACAUCAACUCACUAUCUUUGGUCAGUAUACACUUUCUAGAAUUGAGUGUAUGGUAAUUUUGCAGAUGUCUUAUAAGACUAGAAAUUGCAUAUAUUUUACAGUUUUGAAAUACAGGAUCUUGGAAGUGAAUAUUAGUCUUAAGAAACCAGGUAGCAAAUUGGAACAUCAAGGAAUUAAGGUGGAGUUCAUAGGCCAAAUAGAGAUGUUCUAUGACAGGGGUAACCAUCAUGAGUUCAUUUCUCUGGUGAAAGAAUUAGCCAGACCGGGUGAAAUGAUUGCACAUUCCAGCUACCCGUUUGAGUUUAGUUGCGUUGAAAAACCAUUUGAAGUAUAUACAGGUGCUAAUGUUCGGUUAAGGUAUUUUCUGAGAGUGACAAUCAUACGGCGGUUAGCGGACAUAGUCAAAGAAGUUGACAUUGCUGUACAUACUUUGUCCAGUUAUCCAGAAAUGAAUAAUUCCAUCAAAAUGGAGGUUGGAAUUGAAGACUGCUUACAUAUUGAAUUUGAAUACAAUAAAUCAAAGUAUCACCUUAAGGAUGUUAUUGUUGGUAAAAUCUAUUUCCUACUAGUUCGAAUAAAAAUUAAGCACAUGGAAAUCGCCAUAAUCAAAAAAGAAACGACUGGAUCAGGGCCUAACACGUUCACCGAAAACGUAACGAUCGCGAAGUAUGAAAUUAUGGACGGUGCACCUGUCAGAGGUGAAAGUAUUCCUAUUAGAGUAUUCCUAGCCGGUUAUGAGCUAACGCCCACCAUGAGAGACAUUAACAAAAAGUUUUCCGUGCGUUAUUUUCUAAAUUUAGUGUUGAUGGACACGGAGGAUCGCAGAUAUUUCAAACAACAGGAAAUCACGCUCUGGCGGAAAGGUGACAAACUGCGGAAACCGAACGUCCAAAGUCCCGCAAUAAUGGCGGGAACGCAAAAUUUGCAAAACACUCAAGCGCAAACGGCCCACCUUCAAGCUCAACAGGCCGCGCAGCAGAAACAGCAACAAAGCGAAGGGGACAACAGUGAAAAGGAGCCCAUGCAGAAGCAAGCAAUGGUGAAAGAAGACUUCCAACGGGCACCGAGUAAUAGCCAGGACGCGACGGCCCCCCGAGAAGACGCUUUCGAUGGCCGGCUAGAGUCCCCCGGUGAUGACAGUCCCGAAAGCGAACCUAUACAGAACAUGACCAGGGAGCAAGGUGAUGGCCAGAAUAACGAAAAUAGCGCAGAUAACGCGGAGUGAUUAUAGCAGGUUGUUGUCUCAAAAUUGUGAUGAUAGAACGACGGAAGGUACUAAAUUGCUUUAUGGGAAAAAUGUUGAAAAUUUUCAAGCACGUAAUUUGUAAAUAGUGUAAUUGUUAUAUUUUAUAUUUAAGUUAUAAUGUCAUUCUGUAUAUUAAGCAAAUUUAUUUACACAUUAUUUUAUUGUAUAUUUCUCAUAUAGCUGAAUAAAAGUUAUAAAUACA